GCGAAUUGUGCAGAGUGAUUGGGUUCUCACUCCUCUGCCUUCUCACCGGCCCUGCAGCUGCUCCGGACAGGACCAAGUAAAGGUAUGAUUUAAGUCUGGAUGAAAUGAGAGCUUUGACAUUUCAGAGAGUGACGUUUACCAUGGGUCUACCUCUGUUAAAACGUGCAAUUCAGGAACAGGCAGAGAAAACAAAGAAUUUUAUCAGCCGAAGCCUUGUCAUAGGAGAAGUCCUCUCCACAGCGGACAUGGCCACAGGGGUAAAGUGUGGAAUAAUUUAUUGGCUAUUUGGAGGUGCAAUCAGGAACCUUGGAAGCCCAGGACAUGUAACUAAGUGGCUUCAGCCUCUCCAGGAGCAGAAAUACAGUGGGAUGUUCGCAAUGACUGAGAGAGGCCACGGGAGCAAUGUGAGAGGGAUCCAGACUGAAGCCACCUUUGACCUCUCUGCCCAGGAGUUUGUAAUCAACACACCGUGUGAAAAUGCUGAGAAGAUGUACAUCGGAAAUGCCAUGUACGGGAAUUAUGCAGCGGUCUUUGCCCAGCUCAUCAUAAAUGGAAGAUCUCAAGGGCCCCAUUGUUUCAUCGUUCCUGUCCGGGAUGAAGACGGAAACUUGUACCCGGGAGUAACGGCUAUUGAUAUGAUGUACAAAGAAGGUCUGCAUGGUGUGGAUAAUGGGAUUUUAAUUUUUGACAAGGUUCGGAUACCAAGGGAGAACCUGCUGGAUAAGUUCGGUUCCGUGACUCCAGAAGGGCAGUACCAUUCCCGUAUUAAGAACAAGAGCGCGAGAUUCAACGCGAUGCUGGCAGCACUGACCCCUUCGAGAUUAGCUGUGACUUUUCAAGCAAUGGGUGCCAUGAAGCUUGGGUUGACGAUAGCCAUUCGCUAUAGCCACAGCCGGAGGCAGUUUGGGCCCAAAGCUAAGGAAGAGGUCAAGAUCAUUGAGCACCAAACGCAGACCCUUCGGCUGAUGCCGCACCUGGCCACGGCCUUGGCCCUGACCUUCGCCAGCAGGUAUGCUGGGGUCCUCCUGGACGAGGACGUCUUCCACGGGAAGGAGCUGGUGGACAGUCGCCCGCUGCAGGCACUGGUGGCGGGGCUGAAGGCCUACAGUACCUGGGAGAAUAUCAGAUGCCUGCAGGACUGCCGUGAGUGCACCGGAGGCAUGGGUUACAUGAUGGAAAACCGAAUCUCCGGCUUGAAAUGUGACACAGAUGUGUUUGUAACUUUUGAAGGUGACAAUGUUGUUCUGCUGCAGGUGGUGGUGCGGGAACUGUUGGCUCAAUACACCAAACAGUAUGAAGAAAGACCGAUCACUAGCCUGCUGCAGAGCUGGGCCAAGUCUGGGGGAGACAAGCUGAGAACCAGUUUCCUGGCAUUUAACAUGGACACAGUCGGUAAUCUCACCUUUCUGUUGAAAGCAGUGAAUUUUCGUGAAAGGGUUCUCCAGCGGAGUUUGGUGGCCAGAAUUUAUUACAAGGUGAUGACCAAGAAGGAGGACUUUUUCAGUGCCUGGAACUCAUGUCUCCAUCACGUUGCCUCCCUGUCUCUGGCCCACAUCCACAGAGGUCAGUUGGCCCUGGCUGCGUAUUCAUAGUUGAGCGGCUCAGAGGGAUGCAUGUGUCUAAGAAUAAGUCUCUGCAGAGAAGGAACAGUCCCCACCCAGUCUGAGCCCUCGU